UAGCCCCGCCCUUAUUGUGAUUACGCACACUGACGAGGGUACGUUCUACGUUCGACGCUAUUCUCGAAAGUUAAUACAUAGAUUUUCAUAACGGUAGUGCUGUGCUUGUUAAUGGAGCCUACUCCUGACAUUUCUUGAAUAAACCCACGUUUUUGGAAGAGUUCACGUGCUCCAUUUUUUGUCAGGCAGAGAAUUUGCAGGAGACGACAGCAUCUGAGAACACGGGUUUACAAGACUACGAGAUGCCUGCUCAGAUUAUAAGUGGGAAAGAGGUUUCAUCACAGGUGAGAGAGCGUCUGAAGAAGGAAGUGGAGCACAUGACGCUUCAGGACCCCGAAUUCAGACCUGGUCUAGUGGUUUUACAGGUUGGAGACCGUGAGGAUUCAAAUCUCUACAUCAGCAUGAAGUUGAAGGCAGCAGCAGAGAUUGGAAUAAAUGCCACACAUUUGAGACUUCCCAAGACGGCAACAGAAGAGGAGGUUCUUCACGCUAUCAAUGAGGUGAAUGAGAACUCAUCUGUUCACGGCCUCAUUGUGCAGCUGCCCUUAGACUCAAUCCACAGGAUCGACACAGAGAGGGUCACCAACGCUGUGGCCUCAGCGAAGGAUGUAGAUGGACUAACUAGCAUAAAUGCAGGGAAGUUGGCUCGUGGAGACCUGAGUGACUGCUUCAUUCCCUGCACGCCAAAUGGCUGCAUGGAGUUGAUCAGACAGACAGGUGUGUCUAUAGCAGGAAAGAAAGCAGUAGUGAUUGGUCGCAGUAAGAUUGUGGGCGCACCCAUGCAUGACCUGCUGCUGUGGAGCCACGCCACUGUUACCACCUGCCAUUCUAAAACCACUGAUCUUGCUGGAGAGGUGGGAAAGGCAGACAUCUUGGUUGUUGGCAUUGGGAAAGCAGAGAUGGUGAAAGGAGAGUGGAUCAAGAAUGGAGCGGUGGUCAUCGACUGUGGCAUCAACCACAUCCCAGAUGAGACGAAAGCCAGUGGAAAGCGGGUGGUGGGUGACGUCCACUACAACUCUGCCAAGGAGCAGGCUGGCUUCAUCACCCCUGUGCCUGGUGGUGUGGGACCUAUGACUGUGGCCAUGCUGAUGGCGAAUACAGUACUAAGUGCAAAGCGCUUCCUGGAGGGACAUCAGCCGGGGAAGUGGAACAUUUCUUACAACAAACUGAAUCUCCAGAUGCCUGUGCCAAGUGACAUCGUGAUUUCCCGCUCCUGUGUGCCCAAGCCCAUCGACUGUCUAAGCAGAGAGGUGGGCAUGCUCUCUGAUGAAGUGGAGCUCUAUGGCAAGACUAAGGCCAAGGUGCAGCUGCAUAUCAUCAAACGCCUGCAGAGCCAGCCGGACGGCAGAUAUGUGGUGGUCACUGGCAUUACACCCACCCCUCUGGGUGAAGGAAAGAGCACCACUACUAUUGGCCUAGUCCAGGCCCUGGGAGCCCACAUGAAGCUCAAUGUGUUCGCCUGUGUCCGGCAGCCGUCUCAGGGACCCACAUUUGGCAUUAAAGGUGGCGCUGCAGGAGGUGGAUAUUCUCAAGUCAUUCCAAUGGAAGAGUUCAACCUUCAUCUCACUGGUGACAUUCACGCCAUCACAGCUGCCAACAACUUGGUGGCUGCUGCAAUUGAUGCCCGCAUAUUCCACGAGGCUACACAGUCUGACAAGGCUCUGUAUAAUCGUUUGGUUCCACUUUGUGGAGGAGAGAGGAAGUUCUCUCCCAUCCAGAUUAACAGACUAAAAAAACUUGGCAUAGAGAAGACUGAUCCCUCUGCUCUGACUGAAGAAGAGAUCACCCAAUUUGCCCGCCUAGACAUUGACCCAAGCUCUGUCACCUGGCAGAGAGUGUUGGAUACCAAUGAUCGAUUCCUAAGGAAGAUUACUAUCGGCCAAUCACCAACAGAAAAAGGAUACACAAGAGAGGCCCAGUUCGACAUUACGGUGGCCAGUGAAAUUAUGGCAGUUCUCGCCCUCACCAGCAGCCUGGAGGACAUGCGACAGCGUCUGGCGAAAAUGGUCGUGGCCACCAGCCACAGUGGACAGCCCAUCACCACCGAGGACCUGGGUGUGAGUGGUGCUCUAACUGUGCUAAUGAAAGAUGCAGUCAAGCCAAACCUGAUGCAGACUUUGGAGGGAACCCCUGUGUUUGUGCAUGCCGGUCCUUUCGCCAACAUCGCCCAUGGCAACUCUUCAAUCCUGGCUGAUAAAAUAGCAUUGAAGCUGGUUGGACCCAAUGGCUUUGUAGUGACUGAGGCUGGGUUUGGUGCUGACAUUGGCAUGGAGAAGUUCUUCAACAUCAAGUGCCGCUAUUCAGGUCUGAGGCCUCAUGUGGUGGUGUUGGUGGCUACUGUCCGAGCCCUGAAGAUGCACGGAGGAGGACCAACGGUCACUGCUGGGAUGCCACUGCCUAAAGAAUACAUUGAGGAGAACCUCAAGCUGCUGGAGAAGGGCUGCUGCAACAUGAGGAAGCAGAUAGAGAACGCACACCAGUUUGGCGUGCCUGUGGUGGUGGCUGUCAAUGCUUUCAAGACAGACACUGAGGCUGAGCUGGACCUGGUGUGCAGCAUGGCCAAAGCUGCCGGAGCCUUCGAUGCCGUGCGAUGCUCCCACUGGGCCGAGGGUGGAGCUGGCGCAGUGGCCCUGGGUCAGGCAGUCCACAGGGCCUCUGGGGCCCCCAGCAACUUCAAGUUCCUCUAUGAUUUGGAGCUCCCUAUUGCUGAUAAGAUUCGAAUAAUUGCCCAGAAGAUCUACGGAGCGGAUGAUAUUGAGCUUCUUCCCGAAGCCCAACACAAAGUGGAGCUCUACACGAAACAGGGUUUUGGCAGUCUGCCAAUCUGCAUGGCGAAGACUCACCUUUCGCUCUCUCAUGAAGCCGAUAAGAAGGGUGUGCCCACCGGGUUCAUCCUGCCAAUCAGAGAUGUGCGAGCCAGUGUGGGCGCUGGCUUUUUGUACCCGCUGGUUGGCACGAUGCCCACGAUCCCUGGUCUGCCCACCAGGCCUUGUUUCUAUGAUAUUGACCUGGACCCUGAGACUGAACAGGUCAAUGGGCUUUUCUGAGAAAAGCCAGUGAUGCUACUUUUCUGUCACAAAACAUCAAAUAAAGUCUUCUUGAUGGGAAGUUGUUUUUUUAUUUUAAGAUGGAAGUUCCUUUUAUCUAGCCUAUUCUUGAGUUGA